UUAAUACUGCCGCCUAUGAAAGCACCUCUAAAAGAUAAAGUUUAUGACCGAAAGCUGUCUUCUUCCGAGAGAGUAAGAAACAGGCUUAAGCUGCAUCGUGACGAAAGGUUAUGUAAAAUGGAGAACAAAUGUAACGUACCAGGAUUCUUUGUGGCUUGUCGAAAUGCCGAUCUGACGACUGCCAAAGACCUGCUUAAACAUGAGGAUUCGACAAGCUUGUCAACGAUUUGGGAGAGAAGAACAUGUUUUCAUGUGGCCGUAAUUGCAGGAGACCCAGAUUUGUUAAAAGAGAUAGCAGCAAAGCUACCAGUCUCAGAAUUCAUCGACAUAAUAACAAAGAGGGACAAAAAAGGCGACACAGCUUUGCAUGUAGCUGUGAGGAAAAAUCGCUUGGAUCUGGUGAAACAGUUGGUACAGUUGGGUGCCAGUUUGAGUCAAUGUGAAAGUCGCUUGGAUCUGGUGAAACUGUCGGUACCCUUGGAUGCCUAUUUGUGCGAUUGUGUGAAUAACGAAGGAAAAACUCCACUAAAAUUGGCAGUAAGUUUGGGAUUCAGAGAAGCUGUAGAGUUUUUAUUUAGUCGCACAUCAAACGCCCUGCACUACAUUGUGGAGCUUAACCAAGUCAAGCAUGUUCAAUUUAUAAUUGACCAAAAAGUAGACUUGUCAGAACUUAUCAAUAAGUCUUACCAGCCAACUGAUGGAGGAGAGCAGCAUCCCAAAAAGAAAAGUCUCACAAAUGCAUCUGGUGAUGGAGGAGAGGAGUCUUCGCAAAGUAAUGGUGAUCCAAAUAACCAGCAGGACCAUCCAAUUGUUCUAAUUGGAGACACGCCUUUGCACAUUGCAGCAAGGAACAAAUAUGACCACAUGGUGAAUUUGUUGUUAAAUGUGCGUGGGGUGAACAAGCUUGCCCGGAACAAUGAGGACAAAACACCUUUUGAAAUUGCAAGAGAAGUCACGAUGUACCACGAAUCUUUCAGGAUUAUAAGAAAGCUGGCGGAUUCUAGAGGGAGUUCCAAGCCAUUCAUGGACUGUGCACCACAGGUAACCCAUGAAAAGCGCAUUGAAGCGAGGAAAAUGGUUGGUGAAGCCUACAAGGCGAGACGCGAUGCAGAACUAGUGGUGGCAGCGCUGUUGGCCGCCAUGACAUGUGCCGCUGCCUUCACCGUCCCAGGCGGUUUCGAAUCGAAGAAGGAUUUAAAAGACCGAGGGAGUCCUAAUCUUAUAUCCCUCACUUCGUUUAAGCUCUUCCUCAUUUUCGACUGCAUAGCCUUCUUUCUCUCUCUCUUCGUCUGUGUUAUGUGGGAGAUGAGUUGCGAGCUUACCACAGGGGACAAGAUGUUGUUCAUGACUGUCAACGGUUUAUUGGUUUGCUGCAGCUUUGCCUUCACCACUUAUGGGUUUAUGUGUGCUGUAUACGUGAUGCUGGAGCGUAAGGUUCAGACCUUCUCUUGGGUUGUUUUGGGAAGUCUCCUUACCAUUACUUUGUGGGCUGUUCUCGCGUUUAUCCAUCAAUCAGUACAGUUUUCGGUGAAGCGGGCCAGAUUCCACCGCCUGUGCGGUGAAUCUUCUUUUUUCGAUGAUAUUGUUGAAAAUGUAUGGUCUCGAGCAGAACGCUGUGGGCUUCUCAACAUUCUCCGUUCAGGUGAUGAUGUUUCGCAGGAUUUAAUCACGGGGCAUGCUAUGUGUUGUGGGCUUCGCAAGCUUCUCCGUUCAGAUGAUGAUGUUUCCCAUGAUUUAGCCACUGGGCAGACUACUGAACGCGAAGUUAGCCAUAACAACUCCCCCUUUUGGUCGCCACUCAACUCCCGCUCUUCGUCUCCGUUCCUCAACUCCGGCUCUUCAGUUUCCGGAUCUCAAUUCCAUUAGCUGUAAUAGCUCGCGCUCUUCGUCCCUGUCACUCAGCCUUUUUUAGCUUUCGCUCUUUUCUUUCUCUAUUACGCCUGUAACUCUGAGUACUCCUCAAUUUUUGUUCCAUUGUUCGCCGACCAUGCCUCUUGUACCCUGCAAUUAUUUACAAUUUGAACGGAAUUUAAUAGUGAGGAGUCCUUUUGGUAAAAGGAUUAUGUUUCUAGAA